ACUUAAUCACACGAUUUCGGCUGUUGAAUGGAUUAUCCCACUAAUCUUAAAAAUUUAUCAAAAUUUCGCCAUACAAAAAUGACAGUUCCAAAUCACUUCAUUGAAAUGAUUUGAAACUGAUCCACGCUAAAUCUCUCUGUGCGACUCUGAUUUUGCGCAAUCUACUUGUCAGCACUGGAAAUUUUUACAUUAUCACAGCUGAUGCUGAAUGCUGAAUGUAAACAAACAAGACAAAGAAGACAAAAAAAUAAAACUAAAAAUUGCCGUUGAUUACAAAUCAAAUUACAAAGUAAAAAAAAAUAUGGAAAAAACUCAAAAAAAGAAACGAGUUAUGUGGAGUGAGGCUGCCGAGGCCGACUUAAUCGAGGUGUGGCAACAAAAAAUGCCGAGCUGCGAUCAACGCGGAAAAAUAACCACAUAUACGAGGAAAUGUCCUGUACGAUGCUUUUGGCUGGACACGAAUAUACGUCCACUGAAAUUAAAAUUAAAUUGCACAAUUUUACCAACAAAUACAGGUAAGUAAUAUAUUAUGAGGUCAAUAUAUAAAUUAAAUAUUUUUUUUAUUUUUAAACAAGAAAAGCAGAAAAUUGGCCCAUCGGGUGGCUCCCCUAGUCGGUGGAAAUAUUAUGAGGCGGUCCACCAAGCAGUAGGUGGUUUCAAAAGUUUUUGUUCCGCCGAACUUGUAGAGGAUAGCAUUGUGGUUGACAUGGAACCAAUUUACAUUGAGGACGAUACAAAAGGAGAGCCGCCGCUCCCAAGCCCAAGCGAUGGACCUUCUACGUCGCGUGGUUGCGCUCGGCCAUCGUCAAGCGAUGCUGCAAAAAAGAAAAAAUCAGGGUUAACAAUAAUGGAGGAAAUGAAGGAUGACUUAUUAAAGGCGACUGAGGCGAUGAAGGCAGCCGAUGAAAAGCGUCUUUCUCUCUUACAAGAAUAUAUAAACGAUUCAAAAGAAGUGAAGGAUGCUUUCAUCGACUUCCUUCGUCGUCAAAAAUAGAUUUAAAAUUUUUUUUAAGUUUUAGUUUAAGAUAUAAGAUAAAUGAUGAAUGGAAAAUGAAUUUAAAUAUG